AUGUCAGCAACAACAGAGCGCCCAGAUUACAAUGUGGAGCUCACAAGCAGCAAAACCGGUAAGCUUGAUGAUGUCAUUGCAAAAACGUGGCCAGAUGCAGAGAAUUGGGCUGUACAAGUUCUGAAAAGAUUGAAAUUCAUUGAGGAGACCGACCACAGCUGCUCGGACUGCCUCUCUCCCCCAAGUGGCGAGUGGAUCUGCUGCUUUGAGCGCAAGGUAGAUGGUGCAACGGUAAUCGCAACAGUAGAUGUACCCAUCAUGGGGGCGCAGUUGGUGGUGCGCCUGCAAUACGAAGAAGACAUGGACAGUGACUUGGCAGCCUACACUCACUCGCUACACCUGGAGCCUCGAGACCGACGUGUGCUUGCUCAAAACUUCAAGCAGCAAGGCGUGUAUCAGAAAAGCCAGCUCAAGAACCGGGAUCCAGCAGACAUUUUCAACGGAAUCCAGCGCUCGGAGCUCACGAAGUCAAAGUUCUCGGACGUACAGGUUUCCGAAAAGGCUGCAUCUCAGGCGGAAAGCCUUGUGCCCAAUGCAGCUGACGAGGCUGCCAAAGUGCAGGCACAGGCACAGGCGAUGAAGCAGGAAUUAGAGGCCGCCAGAACAAAGAUGGAGGAGGCCUCGAAAUCUGGCAACGCAGCAUUGGCCAGUGAAGCACAAGCACAGCUGAAUCAAGUCAUGUCGCAGCUAGACGGAGUCGCGGUGGGCAACGCGGAUCUGAGCACGUCGGGGCAGCAGGCGGAGAUGAACAAGGCAAUUCAGUCGGGUGGGUUCGUGAACGGCCAUGCUUUGACGACAAGUCAGCUGAUUGCCAUGAAUGGUGUUUUCCGUGGUAUGAACCUCUUCACUGACGAGCCCACAGCACUGAAAGCUCAGGCUGUCGAGUUGGUGCCUCAGUAUGCACAGAUGAGCGAGGAUCAGCUCGCUCUUUAUGUCGAGAUGCGCCCGGAGGUGGAUAGCGAAGAGUUUUUCAUCGAGUCUCAGAAGGCGACCGACUUGCAAGUUGCCAAUGGCAUGGUGGAUGCUUUUGGCAGUAGCGCCUUCCACACGUCGGUCGACUCUUGGCAAGCUGCCGUUGACAUCCAAAGCAGCUAUGGCGGAGGAGGAGCCUCGGGCGGCCAAAGCAAGAGCAAAUCUGGGGGCUCGGCCCAAGACCACCAGGAUUCAGACUCGAAGCGUCUGGAGACUUCGAUCAAGACGCUGGCAAAGUCCCAGUACUUCCUCCAACCAAAGUUGCUAAUCGACAUCUCAGAAUCCAUGCUGCAAAUGUCACCAAGCUUCCAGGCCGACAGCCACCAGGCCUCCUACGUGUUGUGUGUGUCCCAGGGCCGGCAGAACUGCUCCAGCUUCUUACACCUGCCGGCCCCAAAUUCGAACUCGAGCACGCCAGAUGCAUCGCAAGCUGGCUCGAGUGGCUCGAGCUUGGAGGUUCGUUUCCUGGUGACAAACGUGGAGAACACGAUCGUUCUGAGCCAGGCAAAGCUGCGGUCAGACAUGGAGUCAGCCUUCGGAGACUUCAUUGCCUUUGUUGCCCAUGCCCCCAACGUUAGCGCACGUGUGGAGCUCUACAGGCCUGCGCGGGCCUUUUCGCCGGAUGGCACGUUCACCAGCAUUCAGGUGGUUGUUACCCUCUCUCCAGCGGACUUUGCCACUUACAGCAAUGUGGAGACGUACCAUGCAAAAGGGCGUUUGCAGCCAUACUGCAAGAAGAUUUUGCUGUCCAUCCCACACAUCGACCAGGCGAGGAUACGGAAUGCCUCAAACCCGAGCAACUUCCUGGACAACGACUUGAGCUAUUUCUUUGUGUCCUGGUCACCACUGACGAAGACCGGCAAGACAGGCGGCACCUUCGAUUUCAUUGGUGUACCUGAGCCGGGUCUCGUCCAAGAUGACCAGGUGGUCCCAGCCCUGCUGUACAACUACGGCAGCCAUGUUUGCCCUCAUGUGACAAUGGGGGGUUGGUGGCGUAUCACAGCUAAUUAUGCCAGCACCGUCAGCCAGCAGCGGCUCCAGGUGGAGGUCGCCACUGCCCAGGCCAUGGAAAAGGCUCGGGCAGAAGCGUGGGGAGUGGAUGCGACAGCGGCAGGGAGCAAGCCGGGCACGGCUUCUGGUGGCGCUUCGGGUGGUACCAGCCAUUCCAAAGGCUCGGAUGACAACAGCCAUUCCUCCGACGGCAGCAAAGAUGCCGAACUCUCCGCCAUGAAAAAUGCUACUAUGGAGAUUGAACAGACAUGGAAAGGCGGAGCUCCAGGCGUGGCACCUCAAAAUUGGCGCCGGAGUCUGGAUGAGUCCAUGAAUUCAAACUGGAAGGCAAUCCAGCGCGACUUGACACGAUGCAUCGGCAUCUGGAGCUUCGUUAAAGAUCCGAAACUUGGGGAGGCCCUUUGUGAAGCCUGGGUCGCCUCCUUCCUGAAGGCCCAGAAGCUUUCCAACACAAGCGUGCCAUUAGUCUUGCAGCAAGCCGCCUGCUCCACAACGAAGAACAUGCAGCACCUCAUCUCUUAUGCCCGAAAUGCUUCAGCAUGGAAGCAGAAGGAGGAGCAGCAGCAAGGCGAGAUGCGCUGUGAGAGAGAACAGCCCGGGACGUACUGGAGCCCUCCCGAUAGGUGUGUAGAGAAACAAUGCUUCUGCAGCCUUCCGGACACAAGUACCGCCUCCAAGGGCACCAGCGGUAUAGACUGCCCAGCAAAUGGCGAGACAGACUGCUUAGGCUGCUGCACGAAUCAGCAGCGCUCCCGCUGCUCAAAGUCAGCUUGUGCGUUUAACCAUGUCUUGAAGUCGGGCGCAGCUGGAUACUUUUGCCAGCUUGCCACUUGCCACGAACAGUACGACGACACAGUGUGCUGCACACCGAAGUACAUGGGGCGCCACUUCUCGCUAGAGUUUCAGGUAAGUUCCAAAGACGAUUGUGGGACUGAUUCGGACAUUUACGGCCGGCUUGAAGGUUCGAAUUGGAAGGGAAAGAAGCAACUCCUGGAGUCCUCAGCGGAUGAUUUCCAGCAGGGGAAGCAGGAGAGUUUCGUGUACGACCUUGCUGACCCCAGGGUCCCCACCAAGAUCUGCGUUGAGAACAAGGGUGAUGACGAGCUGUGCUUGGACUGGGUGAAGAUCUACAACCUUGAUGCGGAGGAACCGGCUCUUGUUGGGAAGGCCGGCGGAUGGCCGCCCCUGAGCGACGACGACGGCGAGGACUCCUCUGUGAAGAAGGCAUGCAUCGACAUCGUACCGCAGUAA